AUGAAACAUCCGAAUAACGCGGCCGACCGGUUUACCCGUCAUUUUGGGACUAAUUACGCGCCUACGGAGACAGAGGUCGAAGAACUGAAGAACAUCCUCAGAGAUCCUGAUACUCAGCUACGGGCGCUCGACGAACAGAUCGUGCAGAAAGAGUUGGAUGGACUACGGAAACGACGUAUAGCGCUCUUGGAAUCGACCAGAAACCACCGCACCCUUCUCUCAUUGAUUCGGCGAAUUCCCCAAGAAUUGCUGCAGGAUAUCUUCCUUGCCUGUCUUCCAGAGGACAGGAACCCCAGCAUGAGCACCGAUGAGGCCCCGAUGCUCCUCACCCGCGUCUCGAGCUAUUGGCGCCAGGUUGCACUCACCACGCCUCAACUCUGGGCGAAAAUCUAUAUUCUUAUCCCAUCUGUCGCUGACCAGUGGGGGCAUCAGGAAGAAAUGAGCCGCGAAUCCAUCCACGAUGCUGUAAACCAGCGCAUCAAAGGGGUGGGGAGCGCCGAACACGGGAAAUUCAGAGAGCAAUCUUUGGACAGCGAAUGGAAUAUUGGGCAGCCAGCAGCUUCGCUCAAGAUCUUUUCCGGUUCAAUUCCUUUGGAGUCAGUGAAGUGGGAAAGGAUGAUAACGCUCUCAUUUGAAUGUGGCCACCGUUCAACCUGGAGUGGUCUUGAUUUUUCGUCCAUCACAUUUACAAAAGCGGCUCUUCGCCAGGCUUCUGUCCUCAAAAAUUUCACCUUGCGAUCACGAUCCCUCAAUCAAGAUGUCCGCGAGGAUGAGGACUCGCCACCUAUCGAACUUCCCUUCCUCACACACUUAGACAUUGAAGACGAAGGUUGCAGUAUCCUACCUCUCUUGCGCACACCAUCCCUUCGCUCUUGCUCGUACCGUGACAGGAGUGGGAAUGCUCGGCACACAUCUCCGUUACUCCAAUUCCUGAACUUGAACCCUGGCAUAAAUGUCGAGCAGCUGUACACAGAUAAUACAAGCGUACCCCAUGAACAACUUAUUGAAUGUCUACGGCUCUGCCCAGUUCUUCAACUUCUCCAGCUAGGCUUUCAUAACCCAGUAUGGCCAGUCCACACCACCUAUCGACGAAUUGGGAGACUUGACGACAAUUUUCUUCGACUGUUUGUCACGACUGCCCAUUCUACCCUUUCGAACAAGGCUGACAUUCUUUGUCCACUCCUUGAAGAUAUCAAGUUCAUACAAGAGACUAAUCUAUCUGAGGUGGCCGUGAUCAAAUUCAUCGAGCAAAAGCAAAGGAGGGAGGAUCAACGACUUAACAAGCUUCGCAACAUCAAAGUGACGUUCGGGCGAAAGAGGCGAGAGGGCGAGGACAUGAUGUCUGCCAUAGCUCCAUACAUUGAUGAAGGCCUCAAGGCACAGUUCACGUACCGUCAUGCAGCGUACAGGAGUCAGACAAAAUAUGCAUUGUAUACACUUGAUGAGUACAACUACCUGAUAUUCUCUGACAAUGAGAUGGUUAAUAAAAUGCCUAAUUUAACAGGAGGCCGCCAUGUCCCCAUAUCUUCCUCUCCGUCUCGUUGGACUGCCCUACAGUACCGUCUAGGCAACUCGCAUAAGGUCCUCGCUGCCAUGAUCUGGGCGUGA